CCUUUCUACCUUCCUCUUCACUCACUACAAUAAUCAUUCACUCCGAUUUCGGAUCCAUCAUAUGCACAUGGCUCCAGCAGCCACAUCUACCAAUUCCUCGUUGCAACCUCCGAAGCUUCACGCCUCCGACAUCGGAAGCAUCAAAGCCUUCUCCGAGUCCAAUGGAUCCUCCCCCAUCCCUUCCUCCUACCACUCCAUCGUUGAACCCCGAGACGACGUCGCAGACGAGCUUGCUUCCUCCUUCCCCAUCGUCGAUUUCUCUCUCCUCACUUCCGACGACCCUCUGCUCCACGCCGAUGCCGUCAACCAGCUCGGCAAGGCCUGCGCCGAAUGGGGCUUUUUCAUGCUCACAGGUCAUGGAAUCUCGGAGAAGCUGAUGGGGGAAGUGAUGGACAAGUCUCAAGAAUUCCAUAACUUGUCCGUAGAGGAAAAGAAGGAAUUCGCGGACAAGGGUCCCUUGGCACCCAUCCGGCAUGGCACCAGCUUCUACCCUGAAGCAGAGCUGUUUCAUUUCUGGAGAGAUUACCUCAAGGUCAUCACCCUCCCAGAAUUCAAUUUCCCCCACAAACCCCCUGGUUUCAAGGACGUUGCAUAUGAUUAUGUCAGGAAGAUCAGGGCGGUGGCGAGGACUUUGCUGCAAGGGAUAUCGGAGAGCUUGGGAUUAGAACCCGAGGCCCUCGUGGAGUCCACUGGUUUUGAUUCUGGUUUGCAGAUCUUCGCAGUCAACCUGUACCCUCCUUGCCCUCAGCCGGACCUUGCCCUGGGCAUGCCUCCUCACACCGAUCACGGCCUCCUCACCCUCCUCUACCAGAAUGGAAUCGGAGGCCUCCAGGUCAAGCACGACGGCAGGUGGGUCAACGUCGAUCCUCUCCCAAACUGCUUCAUUGUCAACACUGCAGAUCAACUUGAGGCGGUGAGCAACGGGAGGUACAAGAGCAUCUGGCACCGGGCGGUACUGAACAACAAAGACACGAGGAUGAGUAUAGUGGUGGCGAACGGACCAAACCUGGAGAAGGAGAUAGGACCGGCGCCGGAGCUGGUGGGGAGAGAGGAGCCAGUAAUGUACAAGAACAUCAAGUACAGGGACUACUUCUUCAAGGUUCAGCAAAUGACGAAGUUGGACGACACGAGCAGAUUGGAUAGGGUUCGGACUAAUCCUCAAAACUGAUGCAUGUCAUCGCUGCCACUUCCCGCGAACAUGUGUUCAACAUCAUGGGAAUGUUGGGCGUGGCUGGGACUUGAGUUUGCGACCGGGGUUUUAUUGUUGUAUCUUGAAUGGAUAGCCCCUGCUUCUUGGUUGAAAUGGUCAAUAAUUAGAAACAGAGGAUUUUAAAUCAAAGCAAAAUAUUACUCUGUACCACAAUAUAAAUUAUGAUUAAUUAAUUCACAAUUUAUGAAUGAUA